AUGCACUGCGUCUGUACGGUGUCUGCGUCCUUUGGCGUGGCGUCGAUCUUCUCCUUGGCCUUGUCGAACUUGAAGUUAAGCGGAGAGCUGGUCUUGGAGCCCUUGAGAAUGUUGUACACUUCCGGGUCAUCUUCGAACUGGCCGUCCACGGGCUCGUCCUCCUCGUCAUGCGUGAACAGGUUGUUGAUCCAUUGGUCGUUCGGCGACGUCUUGCUAGGAGACCCCGGCUGCUCCACGUUGCUGAACGACUCGAUCAGACGGUGCAACCCCGGCGAGAUAUCGUGGACCAUCAGCGACUGCGGCUGGUUCUCGCUCUGCGGCGGCGAGACGUUCUCCUUGUCGUCCUCAUCCAGCGGGAUCAGCGUCGUGUUCAGCUUCGUGGCGUUGAUAGGAGAAUCUUCGUCGCUCGACUCUCUCUGUCGUUUGCGCGCUGCGACAGUUAAACUAUCCGGAACAGGAGACGUUUUCGCGUACGGACUGUCCACCAGGCCCUUCAAGCCAAGCUCUCCACGGUCUCUGAGGCUCUUUGUGUCGUUCUUGGCCUGCAACGACGAGCAGAUCUGGCACAGCAGGCCGGAGUUGCCAAACUCAAAUAAUCCGUCUCUAUGGAAUUUGUAUGGUGGAUUUGACGUGGACGUGCAGUUGAUACAGCGCUGCACCGACGACUGUUUGGCCAUCUUAGCGCGGUUGUUGGUGCUGACGUCGCCGAUCUUGACCACGCUCGCAAUGAAGCUCUUGUUCUUCUUGGCCUUUGUUGGCGGAUCCGUGGCCUUCAUGAGCUUCUCGAGCAGGCUCGGACGGCUCGCUCGCCAAGAACGUCGGACUGCUGCUGUCAGAGUUGCUGCUGUUGCCAACAUCCGGCUUGGAAAAGGCGUACAUCACUGGGUUUUUGGAAACAGCAUUGAAUCGGAGCUUCACUUCCAAAGUAUCAACCCCAACUCCAGAACCGUUAAUAAUGUUGACAAAGUUUUUGCAAACACGUCCAGUGAUGAUCACAGGCGUCCUGCGGUCCAUCAACUUGGAGUAAAGCCCAAACCCAACAAAAGGCUCAUCGGGUUCGACAACGUCUUUGGAAUAUAUCGAAUAGUCCAGCCGAUCUCGGAAACACUCUGGAGACAUGGUCUGAAUAAGCUCCAGACAUUUGCGGAUGUCGAUACACCCAAUAACAGCGCCAUUGUGAGGAGGCAUCUGAGGCAGCUGGAUGAUUUUGGACGAAAGCGGACGCUUCGACCGCACCAGGAACUGCGUGGUGUUGUCAAACGUGUACAACACCUUAAGUGUCACGCUUUGCGUGUAUGUCUGUACCUGGUUGUUACUCAUGACGAGCAGUACAGUGUUAAAAAACUUGUAAACAAUUCUUAA